UUAUGUUCAAAACAUGCUAUUUUUUCCUCUGGUUCAUUAUGUCUCAGAUAGCAGCGGCAUCUAACCCUUCAUUUACACGUUUAGGAGAAAAUGAAACCCAGUCGUUUGUCUUAUUUGUCCCACUAUCAUUCACCAGGAGCUGUCAACGCAGUUUCCUAGUAAAGGCAGUUCUGCGUAUCCCUCCCAAGUCUCUUGAAGGCAGCCUUUGUUUUUAUUUCUCAUGCACGUGUGCAAUGAGCCAUUCACAGAAGACAGGCGUUUGUAAUGUUAGUGGAGAUUAUGAAGAUUGUCAUUUCGUUCUUUCAUCCAAUUAAAAACAAGAACAGAAAAAACAACAACAGUAUCUGACCUGUGGAUUGUUCCUUAGAGAGAUUAACAUGAAAUUAUCACUUUCAUUUACCACUUUAUGAAAGUUUUUUUAUUCUUUUCAAAUAACCAAUAAGAAAGGAGCUGCAGGGGUGAAAUGACUAUCAUAUGUGAGCACCACCCUCUCUGAGGUGACAGCAGAGGCUGUAGGUCUGUCUGAAUAUUAAGGAUAUAUACAGGACAAAAACAAUUUUAAGAUCGGCACAGCCACGAAAUCCACGGACGCUGUGGAAGACUUCUCUCUCACAUGUUUUGGUUGAUUGUAAGAGUCAGUCGUCUUUGGAGGAUAAUUAUAGACAUUGACUGGAUGCAGAAAGCUGUUCUCCAAUGACCUGUCACUCAUCCGACUCCACGGAAAGCAUCGAGAAUGAAAGGCGAUCGCAAACCGAAACCCAAGUCGCGGAGUCCGAGCAGAGUCGCAUUGCCACUGCCAUGAGAGACCUUAAAAACACCGCAGGCUGGUAUUGGGGCAGCCUUACAGCCAAUGAAGCCAAGGAGAUCCUGCAGGACACGUCGGAGGGCACCUUUUUGGUCCGGGACAGCUCUCAGAGGGACUACCUCUUCACCAUCUCCGCCAUGACAUCCGUGGGACCCACCAACCUGCGUAUCGAAUACAAGGACGGCAAGUUCAAGCUAGACUCGGUGCUGCUGGUCAAACCCAAACUCAAGCAGUUCGACAGCGUCGUCCAUCUCGUGGAGCAUUAUGUGCAGCUGUCCCGGACGUCUUGUGAAGGCAGCACUACCCCCAUCGCCCCAUCCAAAGGCACCGUGCAGCUGCUGCUCACGACCCCGGUGUACACGGCCACACCGUCUCUGCAGCACCUGUGUCGUAUUGCUAUCAAUAAAACCACACGGCGGGUACAAGAACUCCCUUUGCCGAACCGGCUGAAGGAUUACCUGACAGACUACACUUAUAAUGUAUAGAACCAGAUGGACAGUGAUGACCAUAAGUGCUGAGGUUCUAUGGAUCCUAGAUCCAGUUAUAAUAGAGGUGCUGAUGUCCUGUUAAGGAUCUUUUGCCUGGAAUCCCUCAUCUUGUGCCCAAAGACUACUUUAAAAGGAUAGAUCACUGAAAAAAUUUAAAUCUGUCAUUACUUACUCCCCCUCAUAACAUUCCAAAAAUGUUUGGCUUUCUUUCUUCUGUUGACCACAUAUAUUCUGUUUUUGAUCAUAUAAUGAAAGUAAACAGGGUCCGAAAGGACACUGUACUCCGUUGACUUUCAACGUAUCAACAAUUUUCAAAACAUAUUCCAUUUUCUGUGUUAAGAUUCGGACGCGACGUGAGGGCGAGUGACAGAAUGACAGAUUUUGAAUCUCAUUAUUAUGGAGGAUAUCAUAACAAUGUUAAGUGUCCUUCAUUGCGCACUUAACAAGUUUACGGCCUGUCGAUAUUUUACAGUCAGUUUGUAAUGAGCGAGUGAGGAGUAUCUGUAAGGAGCAUUGGCCUACACGAACAUCGGACGGUUUCUACCUGUAAUUCAAAUAUUAGAAAUAUACAGGUGGCCACGCGGUGUGCCCAUGUCUCUUUUGAAGGAAGAGUUCAGCCAAAAAUGAAUAGUUCAACCUUAUAUCAUUCCAAACUCUUGGACUUUCUUUAUUAUUAUGUAGAACAUAAACGACGAUAUUUUGGAGAUUGUUGCAGCUGUUUUUGUCUUUAUAUUAAAGUCAAUGGGGUCCAAAACUAUCAAGUUCCAAAAAGAACAUGAAAGUAUACACUUAAAAAAUAAAGCUUCCAAAAUAACAAUUUUAGGUUUCCCAAAUAACCUUUCAGUUAAACGUUUCUAUAGUGUGAAGAACAUUUUAACUAAAGAUCUUAAGAUCCUUUUUUCACUAUAAAUAACAAGUGCCCACUGACGUUAAACCUCAUUGGGAUGUUACAUUUUCUUUUAUGUUCCACAGAAAAAACCAAGCCAUAUGAGUUUGGAACAACAUGAGGGUAACAUGAGCAAAUUAGUAUUUUUGGGUGAACUAUCCUUUUAUUGCAGCAGAUGUCUGAGAAGUUCUGCCUCCUGUGUUUGAGACAUGGGAGUUUGAAACUGUAUGCUUUUUGACUAUGUAUAAUUUGCUCAUUAACCAUGUUAUAUUUUUGUACUGUAGACAUAGAUGAUCAUUUGAUGUCAUGGUUGCCCGAGGAAUUUCUGGGAACAGGAAAGUACCUUGCGCUAUGAUAUACUGUAUAUCCCAAUACUUGUCUUCAUGAUAACGUAGUACCACUGAAAAGUUACAUGAAAAAUAGCCCUUUUAGUCAAUUUUUUAAAUAACAACAACAAAAAGUUAUUUAACAUAUACACUAUCAUUCGAAAGUUUGGGGUUCGAUUUUUUUAAUACUUUUAUUCAGAUAGGAUACAUUAAAUUGAUCAAAAGUGUCAGUAAAGAUAUUUAUAAAUUCCAUUUCAAAUAAAUUCAAUUCUUUCUAACUUUAUAUUCAUCAAAGAAUCCUGAAAGGAAUGUCAUGCAGUUUCAUCAAACAUAUAAAGCAACACAAAGAUUUCUGAAGGAUCAUGUGACACUGAAGACUGGAGUAAUGACUGCUGAAAAUUCACCUCAUCACAAGAAUAAAUCACAUUAAUAUAUUACCAAAGAGAAAACAGUUUGAAAUUUAGCAACGUUACUUUUUUGCUGUAUUUUUGAUCAAAUUAAUGCAGCCCUCUUUCAAAAACAUACUAACCCCUUACAUACUAACAUUUCAAUGGUAGUGUAUAAAAAACCCUUUUAAUUUAUAAGCUCAAAACUUGCUUAAACAGGUCCUGACCAUUCACCAACAUUAAAAGGGUGUGUACUUUUGCAAAUAAAGUAUACCACCGGCUUAGUAUUUUAUUGCACAUUCUGAACCAAGAGGUAAUUUAGCAACAUGGUUUGUUAAAACUUUUAUGGUCAACAAGUAUUGGCCUGUGUUAACCCUACCUCAGGAGGGCGUCGUGAUAAACCUUCAUGCUGAUUGGCCGUAUUUGGGGAAUAUUUGAUUCUAUACUGAAUCGCAAUUUAUGACACAGACCAAAAAUUAUGUACUAGGUCGGAAGCUUCUUAUUUUCUCCUCACUGCUAUUUGUGGAGCGGUUAUUAGAAAAAUAGGAUUUCAUGUCAAAUUCCUCACUAAUCUGACCCCCUGUUUUGGUUUAAUGAAACAUACAUAAUUUUAUCCCUUCAACAAAUAUGCUGCUCAGUGUAUUCUACUUGGGUGCUUGGGUGCUAAAUUCCUGCAUUUCUCUUCAUGCUUAGUCUUUCAGUUAAAGCAUAGGAAUAGUAUUAUAUUGUAAGCAUUCGCUAAAAAUGAUUACCUACUGCUGUCUUGAUUUUGCCAUUACUUUUAAAUUAAAAAGGUCCCCAUUUAUUAUGACUCAGUUUAAUAAACUAAUCCACCGGAAAUACCUAAAUCAUUGAGAAACUGAUCUCAGAUCAGCAUAAAAGGUCUUUCUGCCAACAUAUCUCAGAUCCAGUAUACUCUUGACAGUUUUAUUUGUCGUCUUCCUUGAGGACGUUUUUUAUAUCCAAGUCUGAUAUCAUCUCUUUUCCACUACAAAAUUCCACUAAUAUCAUUUUACAACAUAGUGCUGCAUCAAGGGUGAAUGGAUUUUCUCCUAGAAAGUGAGAAAUAAAAUCAAGCAUAGCUUUAAUUCCUGUACUAUGUAUCUCUUUUUCUGGACUUGGGAACUAUAACAUAAUUUUAGUCGGGGAAAAAGCAUAAAACACUGUUUUAUUUCUGCCCCCAAAUGAGCCAAUCAUGUGCAGAACUGAUAAUAUCACCGAUCAUCAAUGUACACAUCACAACCUGGCAACCUCUCAAACCUUCAGAAAACCCACAUCCUACAGACUUCUGGUUUCUAAUAUUCUGAAAUACAGAUAAUCCAACUGUAUUUGGUGUUUGGAAAUUGUUUGUUUGGUUAAUAGGACGGUUCAUUUGUGCUUUUUUUAACACAACAGUGUUUGCAUGCUGCAUGACUUUGUCUUGCAUGAUUUAAUGUGUGAAAAACAUGGAUGAAAUAUUCCCAGUCUUUUCCCUUUCUACAGCUUUCCUUGGCCUCCUCCACAGUGUUCGAAUUGAGGGGGGGCUUUUGGGGACCCGGAACCCCCCAUAAUCAUUAAGGGUUGGGGGUGAUUUGUUCCCCUGGUUUUCAAUAAAACUUUACUUCAAAUUGUGUUUCGAUUGCUGUAUUAAAUUUAGACCUGCUUUUGUUACAUCAUAUUUAAUUGUUUCGCGUUUUUACAGAGUUGCAGGACUGGAUUCAUAUACGAUUUUGGAUUUGUCAAAGCUGAAACACUAUUUCAGUUAUUUAAAUGUUAAAUAAAUAAAUAAAUACUCUCAAAAUGCAGCAUAAUAAAUGAUUUAGAUUAGUCUUUUUAGUUUUUUCAAACUCGCGAAUUCCCUCAUCAUAAACAGCAACAUGAUUCAAUAUAAUAAAAUGCAUUUAGAAGGCACCCAAAAUUUAAGAUAUGUGGGUAUGUAUAUAUUCAUAUCAUUUCAUAUAGUUGAUCAAUAUCACAGAGUGCCAUAUUUUCGCAAAAAUGUAAAAUGGUUCAACAACAGGUGAACAACAGUUGAACAGAACAACAGUUCAACAAACAAGAAGUUAAUAUUAAGAGACUUACGUUUUAGACACCAUAUUGCCUGGUUUUUGCUCCAUUUCGCCAAUAAACUAACUCCAAACAAAGCCA